UCAGAUUCUCGAUGUUUUUGUAUGUGAUCCGGUCGUAGUUGUUGUGAAUUCCGUGUUAUAAAAUAUUUUUAUUGUAAUAAAAGUUAAAAUAUGUGACUUAAAUUUAUAUCCAUUUACCAAACAAGAGUAAUUUUAUUAAAAUGCACAGGCACGGGGAGGUGGUAAAGGAGAACGUAUUCGAAGAGGGCGUGGUACCACUUCGCUGGAUUGCGGUAGCUGCCGUCGUCACGUCGCUGUCGCUGGCGGUAGCGGCGCUGGUGGACCGCCACUUGCCCGAACCUCUCGACCGCUCCGCGCCAGCCGACCGCUUCAUAGCAGAGAUAGCGCACGAGCACCUCGUCAACCUCACCUCCAUCGGUCCGAGAGUAGCAGGUAGCUACGAAAACGAGGUAUUAGCGGUGCAGAUACUGGUGGAGGCCGUGAAGAGCAUCGCGGCGCAGGCGUCCCCACACAACCGCGUCGACUAUGACGUGUUCUCGGCCAGCGGCGCCUUCUCCCUUACCUUCCUCGACGGCAUGAGCAACGUGUACCGCGACGUGCAGAGCGUGGCGGCGCGCGCGCGCGGCGCGGGCGGGCGGGCGGCGCGCGCGCGCUCGGCGCUGCUGCUCAACUGCCACUUCGACACCGUGCCCGACAGCCCCGGCGCGAGCGACGACGGCGCGGGCUGCGCGGUGGCGCUGGAGACGCUGCGCGCGCUCGUGGCCGCGCCGCGCCCGCUGCGCCAUGACGUCAUAGUGCUGCUCAACGGCGCCGAGGAGAACAUCCUGCAGGCCUCGCACGCCUUCGUCUCCCAGCACCCAUGGGCGAAGUCUGUGCGUGCGUUCAUCAACAUCGAGGCGUGCGGCGCGGGCGGUCGCGAAGUGCUGUUCCAGGCCGGCCCGCAUGACCCCUGGAUCAUGGAGGUGUACGCGGGCGCGGUGCCGCAUCCGUUCGCAUCGUCGCUGGCACAGGAGCUGUUCGAGAGCGGGCUCAUCCCGGCAGACACGGACUUCCGUAUCUUCCGCGACUACGGUGACCUGUCGGGCGUCGACCUGGCGUGGAGUAGCAACGGCUACGUGUACCACACGCGCCUCGACACCGCCUCGCGCGUGCCGCCCGCCGCGCUGCAACGCACCGGCGACAACGUGCUGGCGCUGACGCUCGGUCUGCUGAGCAGCGAGCGCCUGGAACUCGACACGGAACGAGAGCGACAACCGGUGUUCUUCGACGUGAUCGGCGCAUUCGUGGUCGCCGCUCGCGCGCCUGCCGCCGCACUAGCCGUCGUCGUCACGCUGAUGACGCUCGCGCUGUCCCUGCACCUGUCCGCCGACGACGCCGCUAAGCAACUGUACAUCUCGAGGCGGGCGUGGUGGCGCGCGGUGCUGCGCGCGGCGCGCGGCGUGGCGCUGGCGCAGCUGGCGGGCGCGGCGGCGGCGCUGCUGCCGGCGCUGCUGCUGCACGUGGCGAACGCGCGCCUCGCCUUCUACGCGUCGCCCGGCCUGCUCGUGCCGCUGUACGCGCUGCCGGCGCUGUGCGGCGCGUGGGCGGACGCGCGCUACGCGUGGCGGCCCGCGGCCCCGGUGCGCGGCUGGUGGGAGUGGCGGGCGUGGCGCGACGCGCUGGCGCUGUGGGCGGGUGCGGCGCUGGCUGCGGGCGCACUGGCGGGCCUGCGCUCGGCCUUCCUGCCGCUACUGUGGACGCUGCCGGCGCUCGCGGCGCUGCCGCGCUGCUCGCCCGCGACCGGCUCGGCGCUGCACGCGGCGCUGUCUGCGCUGCCGGCGCUACAGACCGCCUACCUGGCGUUGGGCUCGAUAGACAUGUUCGUGCCCAUCAUGGGCCGCGCCGGCACCGCUCCUCUUCCCGCCGACGUGAUGAUGUCGCUGGUCGUGUCGUCGCUCACCCUCAUGACGUUCAGCUGGAUGCUGCCGCUGGUGGUGGCCGCGCGCAAGCCUGCUCCGCUGAUAUACGCGGGCGUGCUGGUGUCGGCGCUGACGUGCGCACUGGUGGUGCUGACGCCGCUAGGCGCGCCCUACAGCGCAGAGCGCCCGCAGCGCGUCAUGCUGUUCCACACGCGCCGGACGCUGCACACUCCGGAGCCCGUCGUGGAGGACUUCUACUGGCUGCCCGAGCUGGACGUCAACACGCCGCACUCGCUGGAUGCGCACGUGGGCGGCAUGCGGGAGGCGCGCGCGAGCUCCGACGCCGAGUGCGCGCGCUGGCUGUACUGCGGCGCGCCCUACUUCCUGCCCGUGCUGUCGCUGGUGUCGCGCGGCCACCGCCUGCCGGCGCCCGCGCCGCCGCUGGCCGAGCUGCGCGUGCGCGCCGAGCUGCUGCCGCACGCGAGCCCCGACGCGCGCACGCUGUCGCUCGAGCUGGAGGGCCCGAGCCACGUGGUGGUGAUCCUGUCGCCGGCGGCGGGCGCGCACGUGCCGUGGUGCUCGGAGCUGGCGGGCGCGCCGCAGCCGGGCCCGCGCUGGGGCGCGCGCCGCACGUACUUCCUGGCGCUGCACCACGCGCGCCGCCCGCGGGCCUGGCGCCUGCGCUGCACCGUGCAGCGCGCGCGCGGGGCCGGCGGGGCGGGCGCGGCCGGCUGGGUGCAGGUGUCGGCGGCGGGGCACGCCAUGUUCGGCGCGGGGCAGCGCCACGAGCGGCACGCGCGGCUGCUGGCGGGGCUGCCGGCCUCCGUGGCCGCGACGGGCUGGGGCGUGGACCUGCACCUGUUGGAGCUCUAGCGGAAGCCGGUGUGCUGGCCGGCACUUUCUGGUGUGCCGAACGAUGUGCGUCACACGUGAUACGGUUCGGACGUCGAGGUCUUAUAGCAAUAUGGAAUUAUUUACUACGCUUC